UGGAUUGUGUUGGGCUUUUUUUUUUCUCUUUCAGUUAAUUUUUGUCAGCACUGGUUUGAGUAUUUCCCCAAUCCCCCAGUUAAUGUCCUUAGUAUGAUGGAAAAUGUUUUGGCACAUCAUGACAAAGAACUACUUCAGCAUUUAGUAAAAUACAAUGUGACUUCACAGGUUUAUGCUUGGCCUCUUCUAGAAACACUGUUCUCUGAGGUUCUAACAAGAGAAGAAUGGCUGAAAGUCUUUGACAAUAUCUUCUCCAACCAUCCUUCAUACUUUCUAAUGAUUGUUGUUGCCUAUGUUAUAUGUUCCAGAGCUCCCUUGCUUCACUGUAAUCAAACAGGGGAUUUUGAGUAUUUCUUUCAUCAUCGUAACAACCUGGACAUUAACGUUGUGAUUAAGGAAGCUUAUCAUCUUAUGGAGGCUACACCACUAGAUAUCCAUCCACAGCGUAUGCUUGACGACUUCAUACCACUUACAAAAGGACAGUACCCUGUAUUUAAUAAAUAUCCCAAGUUCAUUGUGGAUUAUCAAACUCAGGAACGGGAGAGGAUCAGACAGGAUGAAAUUGAAUACUUACGAGAGAGACAAUUAGCACAUGAAUUAGAAGCUAAAGCACAGCAACAGAAAGCAGAAGAUGAAGCCUGGUAUCGAAAACAGGAAUUACUUCGAGAAGCUGAAGAACAGAGGCGAAAAAUGCUACUGGAAGAAGAAGAGAAGCUGGCAGAACAGAGACAGAGACUAGCUGCUGUGAAAAGAGAAUUGAAAGUAAAGGAACUACAAUUUCUAGAUGCUUCGAGAAGGCGUUUUCUGAAAUACCAGCAAGAUCAGCGUGAAAUGGAACUGAAACGUCUUGAUGAUGAAAUUGCAAGAAAAGCAUCCAUGAGAGAGCAGGAAACAGCUGCUACUGUUCAAGAUGUAGAAGUACAACGGAUGGAACUUGAAUCACAAAGACAGCUUUUUGAACAGCAUCUAAUCAAAGAUCAAGAGGCAGUUACAAAGGAAAUGAAAGGAGAGGUAGAUGCCCGUCGAAGAAGGGUGGAUCUGGAACAUCAUCUUGUUCAGAGAUUGAUGGAAAUAGAUAGAGAAGAAAAACAGAAAGCUCAGAUAGUGGCUGAAGAAAAUUUAGCCACAGCAGAGCAGAAACGCAUUGACACGGACUGGAGGUUGCAAGCGUUGCAUCAACUAAGGCGUGAUGAUCAGGACCGUGAGAAGCGUUAUGAAGAGAUAGCCAAGCUCCUGCAUGACAACAGGGUGAAGGAAGCUGAACUGCUGAAGGACAUGAGGGAAGCAGAACUAAAAAAGCAGGAAGAAGUUAUGCAGAAAAAAGCUCAACUGGAAGAAGAGCAGAAGGCUGCUGCUGCUGCAGAUGAGCACAGGAAGCAGUUUUUAGAAGACAAAAUGAAUGACGCGUUAGCAUUGGCUGAAAAGCUGCAAAGAGAAGAUGGCUAUUUUGAGAAAUUGCGUGAUUUAAAGGCUGGAUUUACAGAGAGAGGGGUAGACCUGCAGCGGGUGCCAAGGUCUGGAAACAUCUGUCUGAAUGAUUUGUCUGCAUCAGAGUCAUCAUUGCACAUGUCUUUAGGCAGAAGACGAGAAGAACUGGCAUGCCAAGAGCGGGAACUGAUGGCCGAAGUCAGACGGCUCAGACAAAAGCUUGCCUCGCAGGCUCGAACUAGGCAUCCUCCAACUCAUUUCCAAGCUACAAAGUGGACGCCUUGA